AUGUCUGAUUCUCAGGAACCGCCGGCUAAGAGGGCGCGGCUGGAGGCGGACGCUCCUUUCUCUGGAGUAUCCUCCUUUGAUGCGCCAGGCUCGCCCGUGGAUGAUUUGGACGACGACUUUUACGACACUACCCCUGUCAAGGCUGCCGCGCAGUCUGUUCCUCAUGAUGGUACCUCAGCGUCGCUCACUGCGACGGCGCCUGCUCCAUCGAGCUUCUCGUUGCCAGGACUCGGCUCCCUGGGCGACUCCACUGUCACACAGCCACCCAUACAGAUCGACGCAGACACUGUUAUGAGCACGGCGGUACAUGGCGACGGCGAGCUCAUAGACGAGGAGGCCUUGAACCACGAUACCAGCGCAGUCGAGCCGCCUGUGGCCAAUCAGCUGCAGGCCCCGGACGAGGCUCCACAGCACGGUAAGCCGUCGCGUCCUCUGCAUGCCGCGUCCCUGACACCUGCGCAAGAUGCUCCUGCAACUACUACCACUACCUCGUCCGUCUUCGAUGCCACAGCGACCGUGACAGACUCCGCCCCAGCUGUCGACGCACCAACCGCGCAGGAGCCUGCUACCGCUGCACCUGCUAGUCAGGCUCAAGAGCCGACAGCAGACGAGAGCAAAGCCGAGUUCCUACGCCUUGGUGAAGCCAACAGGGAUAACAAGGAGGCAGAAUGGCAGCUCGACUCAGAAGCCUCGGAUUCGUCUUCAGACUCGUCGAGCUCAGACGACAGCUCUGACGAUGAGGCAGACGAUGGAGAGCUCCUGGACCCUGAGGAGAUGGUCCGUCUGCUGAUGGCAGAGUCUGCUGACGAAGGUGGCGCCUCUGGCAAGGCCAAAGUGAAGACCCUGAACGAGGUUGAAGAGAAGUACGAGAAACCAGACAUCAAGGUCGACAACGAGACGCAGAUCACAGAACUAGGCAAGAUUGAGAACAUUGUCGACAAUCUCGUGCUCGUUAAGGCCAGCACCUCUGGCGACUACCAGGUACUUGAGUCUGGAUCUGCACUCUGCCUUCGAGACUUCACCAUUAUUGGACAAGUCUCUGAACAAAUCGGCCGUAUUGAAGAGCCCAGGUAUUCUGUUGGCUUCAACGAUCCCACUGAGAUCACAGCUCUAGGCAUCACCAAAGACACCACGAUCUACUACGUUGACGCACACUCGACCUUCGUCUUCACCGAACCUUUGCGCAAGCAGAAGCACACCGACGCAUCGAACCUUCACGACGAAGAAACGAACGACGUCGAAUUUUCAGACGACGAGGCUGAGGCUGAGUUCAAGCGACAGCAGAAGCAGGCCAAGAAGGCCCGACAAGAAGCAAAGAACGAGCCAGAACCAGAACCAGAGCCGAAACCCAUACCCACUGGACCAAGAGGUCAUGUUAACAAGCCUGUUUCUUACUUCUCGUCGGCCAACGAAUAUCAAGGUGGCGGACUCAAGUACAGCGAUGACGAGGACGAGGACCUGGGUAUGUAUAAGCCAUUGGCUCGACCAAGUCACUUUGAGGAAAUCGUUGGGCAAGGUGCUCCAAUUGAGGACCGCAGCCAUGUUCGCAGAGGAAUGAUGCGGGGUCGCGGGGGUUGGGGCGAUCGCGGUCGUGGCUUCCGUGGGCGAGGAAACUUUGGCGGUCGUGGUGACUUUGGCGGCGGACGUGGCGAUUUCAGCGGCGGACGAGGAGGUAGAGGAGACGCACACGGUGGAAGGGGUGAUAGAGGAGGCGGCGACCGUGGUGGACGUGGUGGCAACAAGCAAGCUGACAGAGGACGAGCUCAGAACCAGCAGCAGGACAACCGUCAGAUGAGCGUGCCGCGACCAGAUAACCGAGCUGCUACUUCAGCUUCACCGGCUCGACAGCAAGAGCGCCAGCAGUCCAGUCAGCCACAGCAUUCUCCGCCAGCGAAGAGCAAGAACAAGAACCGAAAGCAGCGACAGCGGGAGAAGCGCGAACGCGAGGCACAUGAAAGGCAGCAGAACCAGCAACAACAGGCGCAGCAAUCACAGCAACAACCGCAAAAGCAGCAGCAACAGCAGCAACAACAGCGACAGCAGCAGCAUCAGCAACAUCAACAACAUCAACAGCAGCAGCAGCCUAAGCAACAGCAACAGCCCAAGCAGCAGCAGCAGCAUGCAUCUCCUGUACCUACUGGCCCAUCGAAUGCUAAUUCUUAUGCAAACAACAGCAGUGCCGGUUGGCCAACUCAAUUUGCACAGCCAGCAGCGCCGGUACCUACAUAUUCUCCAGCUCCACCACCCGUAGCGCCGGCAGCGCACAGGCACAGGCACCACCCAACCAGCAAGCCAACUGGGCUGCAUGGGCACAGUGGUUCCAAGUGGUUGGGGCCAUGA